GAGCUGCCAAGGCUGCAGAAAUCGGGUCACAUUGCGGCAGCUCUGGAGUGACCCUGACGUAGUCGGAGCUCGACCGCUAGCGGGGCCCUCCGCCGCGGCGUUCCGACAGCACUUUGAGGAUGCUCACCAGUGGCGCAUGACACGAGUGUUCGGCGAGAGGAUGGUAAACACACCGCCGUCUGCGGCCCAUGUCUUUGUGUCCUGCGCCGUGCUGGAAGGAAUCUUCCUCUGUGUAAACCUGGGCACCUUGUCGCCCCUGAUUUUCGAGAUGUUCAUGCCGUACCACCUCAAGUACACCGCGUUGGUCUUUGCCUGGUGGGGUGGCACAUAUCUGGGUCUGAAUGUGGCAAGAUACGGCCCAUUGGCACAAGGCCCCUGGAUCCUUGCCCGAACGCUGGCGGGUGGCGCCUUCAUGCUAGCCGGAGUGACAGGUCUCGUCCUCGCAGAUGGCCUGAAUGGCAUGGGACCAUGGCCCAGCUAUUGGCUGCUGAUCUUCUGCUACUCAGGGAUGGCGGUCUUCGACGUCGCGCUGACCAGAAGACAGAUGUUACCGCCGUGGCUGCUGAAAUGGAAGCUGG